AUGGCGUCGGCAUCGCCAUCAACGGAGGAAAAGCCCGUUGACACGCGGGAUGCGCUUGACAUCCUCGAGUCUGAGACCAAGGAGGCUACGAAGGAUGCCGAGAUUAAUCGCAUUCUGAAUGCAUUCAGACUUGAUGCUUAUGCUGUCCUCGGCCUGCAGCCCGGCGUUCCCGACUCCGACAUCAAGGUCACCUACCGCAAGAAAUCACUGCUGAUCCAUCCCGACAAAACCCGCAACCCUCUAGCACCCGACGCCUUUGACCGUCUCAAGAAGGCCCAGACCGAGCUCCUGGAUGAGAAGCAUAGGGAGAAGCUUGACGAGGCCAUCGCCGACGCCCGCACCCUGCUCAUGCGCGAGAAGAAGUGGACGGCCGACAGCCCCGAGACGCGCACCGACGAGUUCAAGCGCCUCUGGGCGGACAAGACCAAGUUCGUGCUCAUCGAGAACGAGCAGAGGCGGCGGCGACAGAUGAAGGCACAGAUGCAGGAGGAGGGACGGGAGCAGAGGCGCGAGGAGGAGGAGAUCGAGCAGCGGAAGCGCAAGAGGCAGCACGAGCAAGACUGGGAGGCUACGAGAGAUGUUCGGAUCAACAGCUGGCGACAGUUCCAGAAGGGGAAGUCCGGCAGCGCCGACGGCGGCGGGAAGAAGAAGAAGAAGCUCAAGCCCAUUGGCUGA